UCAUAAACCUUAAUCUUGAGGCUAAUUUCAUUUGGUGUUAGUGAGCUGUUAAAAUCAUGUGGCAGACAGGAUUUAAAGUGUGUGCAGGAAGGAAGGAGUGAAGCUAAUGCCCAGAAUGCCUUGACACAGGCAUUGUUUCACCUUUACGUGCUUUUCCGCCAUAUAACAUGGCAGGAGGUCGGAAUGGAUGAGUGGCCAGACCUUGAAUGCAGGAGCUGGGAUUGGCCAUCACCGAUGAUCAGAUUUCGGAGAUGGAGUCUCACGUCUAUGAUGUUGAUUUUGCAAAGGCAGCAGCUGAGGAGAAGCUGACACGUCAUGAUGUCAUGGCCCAUGUCCAUGUGUUUGCAGCUCUCUGCCCUAAAGCUGCCCCCAUAAUUCACCUGGGUGUGACCUCCUGUUAUGUGGGAGAUAAUACUGAUCUGAUAAUUCUGCGUGAUGGGUUUGACCUGCUGCUUCCCAAGCUGGCUGGCUGUAUCCAGAGGCUGGCUCAGUUCGCAGACAAAUACAAGAAUUUACCAACUCUUGGUUUCACUCAUCUGCAACCUGCUCAGCUGACAACAGUUGGCAAGCGUGCAUGUUUAUGGCUUCAAGAAUUGAUGAUGGAUGAAAGGGCGCUACGUCGAGCCAGAGAUGACCUGAGGUUCCGUGGUGUGAAGGGUACAACUGGCACUCAGGCAUCAUUCCUUCAACUGUUUAAUGGUGACAGUUCUAAAGUUAAAGCACUUGAUCAGCUUGUGACUAAGAUGGCUGGUUUUCAGUGCUCCUUCAUCAUCUGCGGCCAGACGUAUCCUCGUAAGGUGGAUGUGGAGAGCAUUGCUGUUCUCAGCAGCCUAGGAGCUACCGUCCACAAGAUUUGUUCAGACAUCAGACUGCUAGCCAAUAUGAAGGAAUUGGAGGAACCAUUUGAAACUACACAAAUUGGGUCUAGUGCAAUGCCUUACAAACGCAACCCCAUGCGCAGCGAGAGAGCAUGUUCCAUUGCUCGCCAUCUUAUGACUCUGCAAGGUAACACCAUUCAAACCGCAGCCACCCAGUGGAUGGAGCGUACACUCGAUGACUCAGCAAACAGGAGGAUCACAUUGGCUGAAGCUUUCCUGUCGGCCGACAGUAUCCUUGUGACGCUGCAGAACAUAUGUGAGGGAAUUGUCGUGUACCCAAAAGUUAUCGAACGUCACAUCACGCAAGAACUCCCUUUUAUGUCUGCUGAGAAUGUUAUUAUGGCUAUGGUGAAAGCUGGUGGAGACCGCCAGGUAUGCCAUGAGCAAAUUCGAGUGUUUUCCCAAGAAGCGGGUACCCAGGUUAAGCAACAUGGGAUGGAUAACGAUCUUGUGGAAAGAAUACGCAAGUCUCCAUACUUCGCUCCCAUUAUACCUCAACUCGACACUCUCUUAGAUCCAAAAACAUUCAUAGGAAGAGCGCCUGAGCAGGUGACUGAAUUCCUUCAGGAAGAAGUGUAUCCAGUUCUGAAACAGUAUAAGGGAAAAACUGACAAAACAGCUGUUCUGGAAAUAUAGUAGUUAUGAUUUUGGAUCAGAUAAAUUGUAAAUACACUGGACAUUAAAUUCUGAGAUAAAAGGAAAUAAUGGACAGUUCAAUAAAUAUAUGUGAUUGUAUAAGUAUCUGAACGGUUAUAAUUCUUUAUUAUGAAAUAAAAUAUUAUUCUUUAUAGUGUUUACUGCUCAUCGCUUUUGUAAACACGUGUUGCAGGAAGAAAUGUAUAUUGAGAUUAUGUGCUGUUUUGUAUUCUACCUUGGGUCUGUAAGUCUAGUUUUAUAAUAAAAAUAUUGUUGGGUGUU